AUGUAUGACUUUCAUCAGACUAUUGCCAACAAAUUUGACAGUUGUAUCAGAAAUUUAACAACUUUUGUGAAAGGGUUGUCCGCAUUCAGGGAUAUCUACUCUGAAGACCAGAUCUCACUACUGAAGUACGGGUGCUUUGAUGUCAUAUUCUUGAGGUCUAUCAAAGAGGCUCAGAGGAAGCAUAUGAUUGAAGACACGCCGAAGACUUUGCUUCCGCCACUACUUGAGGAGGUCUUUGAUAUGACACCUGGGCCAUUCAAUAAGUACGUAGGCAAGGGGUAG